AUGGCCGCCGCAGUGCGCAUGACGCGGCGAGGCUCAGCGGGUCUCCCUCUCGACCGAACGACAGCUUCGAGCCUUCCUCGAGGGACACGAACGAACGCGGCGUCGCUGUUGAUGGGUUCCGCGGGCACGGCGAAGAAGAGGAAGAAGGUACCCGAGGAGACGGAGGAUGAAGAUAUGAGGUUGGAGAGUGAGCAGAGGGCACGCAGGGGGUCGACGAACAAGACUCAGACGAAGGGGUUUUAUGAUGAGCAGACGACGGAUGAGGAGGAGGAACAAAGAGAAGAGGAGCAGGAUGUCGAGCUGGAGGAUGAGGAAGCUGAGGAAGAGGAUCACGACGAGGCAGAGGAGGACGGCGAAGAGAUAGAAGAAGAGGAAGAAGGGGAAGAUGCCGAGGAAGAAGAUGUUGAUGAGGAGAUGCCAGAAGGUACGUUGUGCUGGAAAACUGCUUUGGUCUCGUACGAUGGCGCGCUGACCGCAGUGCGACCUGUACCCACAGACGAUCACUUUCACAUCCACGAGGCAACAUUGACCCAUCUGCGGCGACUACGACGCGACGAGCUUGUGCGCCUCUAUCGGAUCGCAUCUGGUGCCGAGGAAGAAGAUGCCGAGGCACUGCACAAGGACGACCUCAUCACACUGCUACUUGAAACACGCGGCCAAACUGCCGUCUGCGCGACCGAAUCCGACGGCGAUGCCGAAGAGGACUCGGAUCGCGAUUCGCCCCGGCCUUUCACGAGCCAAGAGACGUCGCCUGCCCUCGAGUCGGACGAUGACGAAGGUAGUUCUCCUCGGAAGAAGGCGCGAUCGAGCGGAUCCCAAAGGGGUGGUCGAACGAGGAAGGACCGUCGAGCCAUCACACCGCCCACAAGUCAUUCGGUUGUCUCUGUCGCCAGCUCGGAGGACUACGAGGCAGAGAAAGCUGUUGCUCCCAAGAAGACGACACGGGGUCGUUCCUUGUCUGACUUCAAGGUCAGCGGCGGCGCCUCUUCAAGACCGAUGACGCGACGGCAGAGCCACGAUGUCGUUCCCACACACGCUUCGACGUCUGCGUUCCCGGUCGUGACCCCGGCUUCGUUACCGGGGAGGAGGAUGACGCGUCGGCAUUCGCAUACGAUCGAGGUCGACGGGCAGGACAAGGCGAACAACUCGUUGCGACACACAAGGAACGCGAGCAAGAGCUCGAAGGGCAAGAACAAGGCUGUCACGUUCGAUGAGGAUGACGAAACUCACUACGCGAGCUCACCCAUCGCCCAUCGGACACGAGGAGGCUCGCUCGCCCCGCCCGACACGAUCCGACCGAACGGAGUUGCCGGAAGAGCGGCGAAAGCCAAAGCGGUGGAGAAGAUCGUCAAGCGCGGCGAGAGGCAUUCCCAGCGCCGGCCGACUCGCAGCGAGGUCGUCCACGAUGAUUGGCCGCAGGACGAGAGGAUGGGUCCAAAUCCGGACUCCGACUUUGAGGACGACGAUGAAUAUGAGGACGUGUUUGGUACGGGUCGCCUUUCGAGGAAGACUCGGCCAAGUCAGGCGACUCCGUCAGACGCCGACGAAGAAAGUGGGGGCGACUAUGCCGUUGACCAUGCAUUGUUCUCCGAAACGGACGAGGAACGAGAAACGACCGAGGUCACUUCGUACCUUCGUGCGCCGAGGCAGCUGCGCAACGGCAAGGUCGUACCCCUAAAAGGAGGGAGGCGGACGCGUAAGCGGGCAGACGAUAAGGAAGAGGAAACUGAGGACGGGGAUGAUGAUGAUGACGACGACGACGACGAGGAGGAGGAGGAGGAAGAAGAAGAAGAGGAAGAGGAAGAAGAAGACGAGGAGAUGGCCCACGAUGAUGACGUCGAUCUUGCCAACGCAACGUCCAAGAGUUUGUUGCGGCAUCGCAAGGACGACUUGGUACGCUUAUGCGAAGAACGCGAGCUGCAGGGGGAUGGGACCAAGAAAGAGCUCGUUCAGGCCCUUUUGGAAUGGGUGAGCAAUCUUCUUCACUGUCUCUUUACAGAGAGCCAUCGCUGACACCUUGGGGUUGCUCAUAGCGCGACGCCGACUUUGACCACUCGUCGGGCGGGUCGACCGUUCAGUCCGACGCGACCAACACCUCGACCGAAACCGCGCGUGCCGAGACUAAGUCGCAGGCAUUACGCAGAGCCGUGACCGUUUCUGUGGCCAGUAAUGCCGAAACCCCUCUUCUCAUGCGCUACGGCCAUUCGCGAAGUCCUGACAAGCCCCAUAGUCGAGGACGGUCGCGUGCUGCUGCAGCGCUCAACGACAUCACUGAAGAGAUCAACGGUCUCGACCUCGAGAGCCUGCAGCUUCAAGACAAGGAGAUUGCCCCUGAAAAAUUGACCAAGCUUGAGAAAGUUGGCUCGGGUGGGUUCAAGGACGUCUACAAGGGGUUGUACCGACGCAAGACGAUCGCAAUCUGCGACAUCCGAGGACAUCUGACCGAAAUGGACAUAAAGGAGCUCGGUCUCUUGCGCGACCUGCGUCACCCCAACAUCGUGCACUUUAUCGGCGUCUCGAUCCCCAAAGAGCCUUCGACGGUUCCCGUCAUGAUUGUCACCGAGCUGUGCGCCAACGGUGACUUGUUCGACUACAUCCGAGGCGUGCCUCACCCGCCCUUCUCGUCGAUGAUCGACAUCAUGCUCGGCAUCGCGCGCGGCGUCGAGUAUCUCCACACGCGCAAACCGACCAUUAUUCACCGUGAUAUCAAGUCGUCGAACGUGCUUAUCACCGCCCAAGGCGUCGCCAAGAUGGCCGACUUCGGGCUGGCGCGAGUCAAGCACACGACCCGAUCGGUCAUCCGCUCCCUUGUCGGGACCGUCAACUGGCAAGCCCCCGAACUCUGGGUCGCUCACCCCAAGUACAACGAAAAAGUCGAUGUCUACUCCGUCGGUCUCGUCUUUUGGGAGGUACUGCAGUGGCACCAGCCCGUAAAGCGCUACCCUUUCGAGGGCAUGAAUGAGCACGCCAUCUACGAGCAGGUCGGUCAGAAGCGUAUCCGACCUUCGACGGCUUCGAUGAGGAGACAAUGGGGUGGUGAUAUUCUCGAUCUCGUCGGGGUAAUGUGGGAUCAAGACCAUUCUCUACGACCAUCGAUGAAGCAGGUCGUCCUCGAGGUCAGUUCCUCGUGCUAUAGCAUUUCGUCGUUCAUUUCACUCACGAAUUGCCAUUUCGAAAUACAGCUCGAGGUGUUGAGACUGACCGCGAAGGAUGCUGAAAAGGCUCAAAAGGAUCACGAGCGGUCCGGCCGAGCCUCGCGAUGA